AUGAGUUUGAGAACGUUUCCUCCAGAAAUGAGUUCUACACCAGGAAUAGACGAAAAAACUCCGCUGAUGCGGUCGAUUUCCACUUCGAGUGAUGUUUUAAACAGAAGUAUGGGUAGUCAUCUCCAACAUCCAACAGAAGCGCUGCAGAGACCACAACCAACCCAGAUACAAACACAGUCUUCGUUCUUUCCUCUGGCGUGCGUGCUAACUACUGUUGUUCUCGAAAGGGUCACGUAUUAUGGAAUCUUGGCGAACCUUCUUAUUUUCCUUAUGAACGAUUCUGAAUUUAGCCCAUCUGCGUCUGUUGGCCUUGUGUUCGUUUUCACCGGUAUGGCUUGGAUGAUGUCGACUGUAGGAGGCAUUGUUGGAGAUUCCUACAGCGGUCGUUAUAACGCAGUAUGGGGAAGUCUUCUUAUAUACAUCGUUGGCGUCUGUGCAAUUUUGGGAUCGACUUAUUUCAGUCGCGGGAGUAAGAAUUGUCUUCUAGAUUGUAAAAUUUUAGUUGUGUUCGCUUUGAUAGUUGUUUCCAUCGGAGAAGGUGUCUACAAAGCGAAUGUAACAGCGUUUGGAGGCGAUCAGCUAAGAGGCCAGGAUGACAACAGAUAUCGGAAGUUUUUCAAUUGGUUUUACUGGUGUAUAAACCUUGGUUCUUUCACGGGCUUUUCUGGUAUUGCAUACGUCGAGCAGGUUUUUAACUUCGGAAUUGGGUUCAUCUGCUUGUUUGGUUGCAUUGCUUUGGCUGCGGUAGUUUUUUGCAUCUGUAGAACUCGUUAUAUUUCCUAUCCACCGACUGGACACAUUUUGAUGAAGAUGUGUAACAUUAUAAAGGAAGCAAAGCGCAUUAAAAAAGAAGAAUCUACAAGGUAUGUUUACCUUUAUCAUCCAGGCUUCCCAUUAAGGUGUAUUGAUCAAUUAUUCCACGAGCCCACGUUGGAUAUGAUUUGAUAGAUAAGGGCCUCUGAAAUCCAACCAGUGCGAGUUAAAUAGUUGUUUUAUUAAAAACAUCCAAAAAUAUAGAUAAAUGUUCCCAGCAUAGUAUAAUGGUUCAUAACCCAUGAUGGCUAAGCCAAUGAAAACUCUUGAACUGUAUUAUCCAAUGAUCCAGUUUUUAAUAAUGAGAUGUAGUAUGUACUGAAACGGUGUAUGGCGUUGAAGUUGCCCUCUGAUUGGCUAUUCAAACAUUAUAUAUAUAUAUGUAUGUAUGUAUGUAGGAAGUCUGCAAGUCGAUUUUCGCGUGGAACAGUGCUCAAUACGUUGAAGCAGAGCAGAAUAAAUAUUAUGAGAGGAAAAAAGGACGCAACUACAUUUCCUGACAAGCCUGUUUCGUGAAUCGCUUCACUCUUCAGGGGUUUAAUGAAAGAAUAUUCAUGUGACUAUCGUGUAUAUACUAGGAAAAUUUACAUAAUACGCGGUAAACUUAAAAACUUUAAAGAUCAGCUGUUGCGUAGCAAUGCUUUGUUUCUGUGUCGGCAUGAAGAUACAAUACGUUAAUAAGCGUAACGAACUCGUAUCUUCAUGCCAACACAGAAACAAAGCGUUGCUACGCAACAGCUGAUCUUUAAAGUUUUUAAGUUUACCGCAUAUUAUGUAAAUUUUCCUAGUAUAUACACGAUAGUCACAUGAAUAUUCUUUCAUUAAACCCCUGAAGAGUGAAGCAAUUCACGAAACAGGCUUGUCAGGAAAUGUAGUUGCGUCCUUUUUUCCUCUCAUAAUAUUUAUGUAUGUGUGUAUAUAUAUACAUACAAAUCCACUGAUGAGUGGGCAACCACGAAACAGGUCUGUAGGGAUGAACUGGUAGUCUAUUUGUCUUUUUCCUCCCACAAUAUAUAUAUACAUACAUAUAUAUAUGUGUGUAUGUAUAUAUAUGUAUGUGUGUGUGUAUACAUAUAUAUAUAUACACUAAAACAACCACUCACCUCAGUGUUGCUGGCUAGCAAUGGAUUGCCACUUCACAGUUUGGUAAAGAUCUACUAACACCCAUCUCUACUUUUACAAAUAAUUGUUAAAUAUUCAGGUAGGGGCAACCCAUGCUAGGCAAAUUAACCACCAGUACCAAUGACAGGACAGAGUGGAGUCCAAUUUAAUUGCAUUAAUUCAAGUGAACAUGAUUCUGGAUUCUUUAUGUUUAUUGUUUAUCAUGAGUGUGAUUAUAGACAAAAUCGGAUUACACCUGUUCCUGUCAUCAAUCAAUGAAUUAAUACUAUUGGACACACUUCGUUAGACUAUGACAAAAUGUAAGAGAUGAAAUUGAAUUAAUUUAUUAACAAAAACAUAAUAGUUAACUGCAAGAAAUUGAACCCAUCGAAGUCUGUUAAUGAGACCUACUGUGCAAUUGCACUGGUAUAACACUUGACCUCUCCUUGUUUGCUGACCUGAUUUACAAGGAUAACACAUGCACUUCUCCAUUGGUACUCAAAUCAGUCCGCUGAUAACCUAUCAUGGUAGAGAAUGUUGGAAAAGUUGAUUCUCUAGAUUAUAGGUUAGGAUAUGUUUGCAUAUGAAUACAAGUUUGUACUUAGUAAAAGCAGUUUAGUGCCUCUCCUCUCCUCUGCAUUGGAGGAUCCAAGAAGGGGGAGGUUGGACAGGGGUUCAAACCCCUCUAUUAUACUUGUGGGUUUUUCUAAUCCACUGCAGGGAGGGUGGUUGGACAGGGGUUCAGAUCCCCUUUAUCAGUCCUGUGGGUUUUUGGACUAGCUGAAUGAUGCCAAAAUUCUUGCAAGGGCAGGAUCUCAUGUUACUAAUCAACAGGAAUUAAUCAUGAUGUACUAGUUGUGAAAUAUUGGCUUAUUUAGGCACCCAAGGCUGUUUUCUGAAUCCAAGUUUGCCUGCAUCCCCCCUCUAUCAAAACUUUUUGGAAUAGCCCUUGUUGUGUUGGUUUAUAAUGAACAUCCUGAUAGAAAAGAUAGCUGCUUUAAAUGGUUGAAAAUGUUUCUGCUUAGUCAAAAAAAACUACAUGUGGAUGAAUGUGGCUGGAUGAGAGACUCUCUACAAGUUGAUUACAUUUCCUUUUAGGGCACGGAAUAGUGAAAGUGCACAUUAUUAUCCUGAUAUGGAGGAGUACAUGCCAAGGAAAAGCUGGCUGGAUCGUGCUAUGAUGAAAUAUGGUGGAAGCUUUUUGGAUACUGAUGUAGAAGAAGUUAAGACAAUUUUAAAGAUCAUGGUUAUUUUUGCCAUACUCAUUCCAUAUUGGGUGAUUUAUUUCCAGGUUCUGAUUCCAAAUUGUUUAAAUGAUGCUUAUCAUUUAUAGUUGUGUGAUAUUUUGUCUCAAGUGGAUAAAAGUCACUGAUUAUCUAGUCCAUGGUCCAAAUUAAAAAAAUAAUAAUUUUAAGUUACCUUAUUUGAAUUCACCUGCUUAUAAAUUCAAAUUAGAUGGGGUCAGUACAUGAAAGUCCUAUGUGACUUUUGCUGCAAUAUCAUCUCCUUCUGUUUCACAAGAGAAUACAAGACGAUUCAAAAGGAGAAUUCUGCAGUUGAUCAGGUGUCAGUGAGAGCUUAUUUCCAUUUGCCCCUUCACAAAAACUUGAGCUCAUAAAGCGUAUUCAAAGAACUGAUUGUUAAUUCUCCCCUCCAGGUUCUAAACAUCACAAUAUUGAAUAAGUCAUGAGAAUUUUUGUGUUUUACGAAGGAAAUGCUGUUUACCCAAUGAGUCUCUUUUCUGUGCUGUGUAGAGAUGAUAAAAGACAAUGAAAAAUUAAAAAAUUUAGCCCUUGAACUCAGAUCAAGUUGCCAUUACCUAGUGAAAUUAUUUAAAUGCGUACCUUUUUAGAUGAAUUCAACCUUCUUGCUCCAAGGAUUGCACAUGAAAAUUGCUUUACAAGAGGAUAAAGACAGUCACUCAGACCUUGCAGUGAUUCCUCCAGCUUCACUCUCACUGGCAGAUGUCCUCUUCGUUUUGAUCUUAAUUCCUCUUAUGGAUAAAAUUAUUUAUCCAUGGCUGGAUAGAAAGGGAUGGAAGCUAAGCGUUUUUAAUAGAAUUUCAAUUGGUAAGUAUGAUGAUUUGUGCUAGAUGUACAAUGAAAUUUUGAACUCACAACUGUUUUCUGCAGAAAUGUACUACCUUGCUCAUGUUAAAUUUGCAAUCUAUUUGGUUAUGAAUAAAUUUUCCAGCAAAUGUUUGAACUAAGUUUUAACAGAACUGGACAAGAAAUCUUGACCCUUUAAUUCCUAAAAUCUGAUUGUAAAUUCUCUCCACUAACCACUUCACAUUUCCUUGUAAAUUAGUUUUCCAAAUUAGGGGUUAGAUCGAGAUAACAAUUUCUUACCUGAUAAGUUUGAGUAUUCUCGUUACCUGUUUGCUGGGUAAUGUAUAGAUGUUGUAGUGAGAAGUUACAUGUUUAUCACAUGUGGGAGUUAAAGGUUUUAAGUACUUUUGGUUAGGAAUGUGAUUAUUGCAGGUCCCCUCCCUUCACAGCAUUCUCCGCCUUAAUUCUUCCCGACACACACUUUUUAAUUAUGAUAUUAUCUCUAAGAAUUUUGUGUUCAAUCAAAUCAACCCUUUAACCCUAAGAGCGACUGGCAUCUAAUUUCUCCUUACCAUAUCACCUCUGAAUCAAACAUUAAGGUCAGGAGAAUAAAGGAGUGAUCACCAACUAUAGAAGAUCUUGAUUGUUGUACAAAUUCUCCUUGUCUGAACCCAAGGAAAUGUAUAGAAAACAGUUUGGAGAAUAUACAUCCUGAUGUUUGGGUGUAAAGGGUUAAAUCUUCCAGUUGAUAUUUUUCUUUCUUCUUACAACCUUUCUGCAUGACAUAUAUAUUGACAAUAUAAAUCAGUCCUGAGAGUGAAAGGGUAACAAAGAUAGCUGGUCAUUUGCAACAAAUUCAGUGUCUGAGCAACUGCACACCUACCCUUCCCCUAACCCAACAUUAACCUGAACUUGUUAUCAGUUGACUGGGGAGGGGUAGUUGAGUAGUUUCUCAGAUACUGACAUUUAAUAAUCUCUUGAAAUUUCACUUUGGUUAAAUGUUAUUAGAUGCUAUACCUUCUAAGGAAUUUCCAGAAAGAAGAGGAAUGUUCAAAACAAGAAACAUAUUCUGACAGCUACAUGUACAGAGAACUGGAUGGAAGUGUUUUAUAAAAGAAGGGGUAUGGAAAAAGCCCAUUGUGGCUUCUGGCAGAUAUCAAUGGUAAAUUCUCCCCUCAAAGUGUCUUAUUUUAUCUUGUGACACUAAAGGAGAAUUAUAUUUUCCAUCAAAAUUCACUAAGGGCCUCCUUCAUUUGUUCAUUUAUGGACUCACUGAUAAAAAAUCUAAUUUUACCAUUUAAGGGAUGUUCUUUGCGGUUGCAUCAAUGAUAGUGGCUGGUGGAGUUGAGACUGCCAGGUUGAAAGUACAGGAUUCACAUCACUGUGAGAAUCAGACAAUUGAUGAUAGAAACUACACUGCUUGUUUGGAAAUCUACUACCAAAUUCCUCAGUAUGCCCUGAUUGGUAUCAGUGAAGUGUUUGCAAGUGUGGGAGGUAAGUAACACAGUCAGAGAUGGUGCAGAGCAUUCUGAAACUUGGGCAGCGGGGGAGGUGGUGCCAUUAUUAAUGAGGCCAAUUUUGAACCUCUUCUCAAGUUUCCUAAAAUAUCCUUUGUGAAGUUUGUUGGUGCAAGUAACUCUCUUUGCAAUCUUAACCCUUUACACCAACCUUUACCAUCAGCAGAUAGCUUUUCACAUUUCCAAUCAUUUCUAUAAUUCUGAUAAGCCUAAUGUUUGAUUCAGUAUUUUAGUGAGAAAUUAGAUGCAAGUAACCCUAUGAAGGUUAAGGAUUAAUGGUGUCCAGUAUGUUUAUAGGUCUACAGCACAACCCACUAUCUUGAAAUCCACUAUGGCAACCUUGUGACUUACCAGAACUUUAAGCUUUUCCCUUCAGUUGAAUGACAUUUCUCAUGCAUUUAUUGUGACUUUCUUGUCACUUGCACUUCAAUGGAAUCUGAGCUGUUUUUCAUUUUCAUUAACCCUUUAUCUCCCACGAUCAGAUUUUCAAUUCUCCCUUCCAGCUGCCAGACAUUUCCUUUAAAUAAGUUACAAGAAUUUGGUGUGAGAUCAAGAUAACAACUUCUACCUGAUAAGUUUGAGUAUUCUCAUUACCUGUUUGCUGGAUAAUGUAUGGAUAUCAUGAGAAGAAGUUACGUGUUAAUCACUUCUUUCUUUACAAUCUUGUGAAGGUUCUUGAUAUUAACAAUCACCAAUGUUUCAAUUUCAGCCUUGGAGUUUGCCUAUAAAGAAGCCCCAAAGUCUGCUCAAAGUUUUGUCAUGGGAAUGUUCUUUUUUUCACAGUCACUUGGUAGUUUACUUGGAGGAGGUUUAUAUGAACUAUGUUCACUGGGAAAAGAUUCAUGGACUCCAAGUUUUACUCAAAACUCUAAAAAAGCCCUACAGGGCCAGUUAAACUACUAUUUCUUCUUGCUGGCUGGAUUGCAACUUGUCACUUUGAUUGUCUUCUUUACUGUUACCGUUAAAUACAAACUCAUUCAGUUCAACCAGAAAAGGACUAUACCUGUGAUACGAACAGCCAAAGCUGAACGGCAGAGCUAUCUAAGCACAUGACACAGGUGUUCUCAAUUAUUUGCUCAUAAACAAGGAAACAUUUAAUAAAGAGAGAUAAGAAUUCAAGUUGUUCAAGAUAGUUAACACUGUUUAUUUUCAGUGGCAAGUUAACUUCAUCCUCUGAUUCUCAGCAGGGUCAUGAAGAGUCAGGGGGGUUUACUCCCUCAAAAGGGUGAUCCUUUAAAAUUUGGAAGGGGGCAAAGGAAAACCUACAGAGUGUUAAUUUUUGAGAAAAUACAAUACUUAAGAGCUCCUCUAAGAUGUACAAGUUCUUAAAUAAUAAAUCUUUUUACCUGGAAACUUUAGAGCUGUAUCAAUCCUCAGUUGUUAGGUCAAAAACAUAACUGCUACUCCUGCCAUCUAAAAAAAAAUCUUGAAGCAUGGAAAUUGGCCAAAAAAGGCCUGUUUCUACCUCAUUUAAUAGGUUUAUGUAU